AUGCAAUCGUCACAGCAAUACACCCGUCAUCAACUCCGCACCUCCCUCGACCAUAACGAAUCGAUGGCCUUUGUCAAGCAUCCACGAGUACAUAGUCAAGCUGGCUCUAUAUCUAGCCAAUUUUCAACCAGCUCCACUCUGGUCGACGUUGCGGAGACUCCUGAGUCGCCGGGUGAUGAGCAUGUCAUGAUGCAACUGGAUUAUAUACUCCCUGUGUGGGAAUACCCCGGGAACUACAUUCCAUCUACCCCGUCUUCCAUACUUCUUCCCGAACCUUCGACAACAUCCCCUACGCCUUGUUCUUCUUCCCACCAUCUUGUCUCCUCUGUCUCCACACGGGGAUCUCGGUUAUGGCUCCAUCGACGCCGACGCCUGGCUACCGAUAACCAGACCACGACCGCAUCGAAUACGCGCUCAUCCUUCCUCACCUCUCUCUUGCACUCUCGCUGGCCGAAGUCGGAACUCGAGGAUCCCAUUUUUGGUCAGACAACGCCCCGUGCACUGUCUCCACAUCGACAGCACUUUCAUGACGAGCAUGAUCGAGAUCUUCUGCCACCAGUGAGGGAGCGGCCGCCGUCGACUCUCUCAGCUCCGAGGAGUAUUCUGACUCGCGUGGACUCGCGCGAUAAGAGGUCUGUUAGAUCUUUCAAAGGAUCCGUCAAGUUCGUGGAGAAGCCAAAGUUGUGGGAAUACGAGGAGUAUUAUGGAGAUUAUGGUUUUGAUAACGAGCGGCAGAACCGGUGGAAUGUUGGGCAGGUCAAGGAUGACGUCGAUGAGGCGGAUUCGGUGAUGACCCUUCCUCCAUCCACAGCGCGGAGCAGGGCCAGGAGCGAAUCAAUCUUGCGGAGGUUCAUCGGGUCGUCGGGAAAAUCACACGCGCGCGGGCACGGCAAAGGGAAGAAAGUACAGGGUAUAGGGGAGAAGCUGGUCAUUUCGGGGCCAAUGCCGCUUGUCAAGGCAGCGUCUAUGCGAGAUCUGAAGCAGUCGAGCGAUCCGGAUCGGAAGGGGAAUGUCAAGGAGAAGGGCACGAAUAUGGCUUCAGGCGCGGGCGCUACGAAGAAAGGCAACAAGUUAAGGACAUUCUGGGGAAGGUUGUACUGUGGUAUGGGCGUAGCUUAG